AAUCAGAAACGGCUUAACCGCGUUUCAAGUCACACGUUCGCGCGUUCCAAACUUGAAUUUGAGGUUUAAAUUACGCAUUUUUGUAAUAAAAAAUUGUGCCUGUUACAAAUUCUAGUGUUGUGACAACAUAAGUAUUGUUACAGAGCAUGAUCCUAGCUCUGGUGUGGGUGGCGGUGCUGAUCGCCGUGGCGGUGCUGUACCUCCGCCAGGUCUAUUCCCGGUUCUCUCGAUAUGGCGUGAAGCAAUUCAGGCCGGUGCCCAUCUUGGGCAACAUGACCAGGAUCCUCCUCAAACAAGAUCACUUCGUAGACGAUACCAUGAGAUAUUAUAACAGCUUUCCUGAAGAGAGGUUUGUGGGCAAGUUUGAAUUCAUCAAGGAGUUGGUGGUGAUCCGCGACAUUGAGCUGGUGAAGAAGAUCGCCGUCAAAGACUUUGAACACUUUCUCGAUCACCGCUCUAUGUUCAGUUCCAGUGACUCUUUCUUUUCUAGAAACUUAUUCUCUUUGAAAGGUCAAGAAUGGAAAGACAUGCGUUCGACUUUAAGCCCAGCUUUCACAAGUUCCAAGAUGCGUAUGAUGGUGCCCUUCAUGGUGGAAGUUGGUGACCAAAUGAUGGCUGCGAUUAAAAAUAAGAUCAAGGAAUCUGGAAAUGGCUAUAUAGACAUCGAGUGCAAGGACCUGACGACUCGUUAUGCCAACGACGUGAUAGCCUCCUGCGCCUUCGGUCUGAAGGUGGACUCUCACAACGAAACUGACAACGAGUUUUACACCAUGGGCAAGCUGUCUUCCACCUUCAACUUCCGUCAGAUGCUAGUGUUCUUCUUUAUUGCAAAUGCACCUACAGUUGCUAAGAUCCUUAAACUGGAUUUCCUUUCGGAAGCGGCGAAGAAGUUUUUCAGGAAUUUAGUCCUUGAUACCAUGAAGAAUCGUGAGCUGAACCAUAUCAUUAGACCUGAUAUGAUUCAUUUGCUUAUGGAAGCUAAAAAAGGUAAACUGACUCACGAGGAAAUUAAAUCUAAUGAUGUAACUGCUGGCUUUGCGACAGUUGAAGAAUCUGCCGUGGGACAUAAGGAAAUUACUAGAGUGUGGACUGAUGAAGACCUCAUCGCUCAGGCAGUAUUAUUCUUCAUCGCCGGUUUCGAGACCGUGUCUUCUGGCAUGUCAUUCCUGCUGUACGAGCUGGCUGUGAACCCUGACGUCCAGGAGCGCCUGGCGCAGGAGAUCAAGGAGAACGAUGCCAAGAACGGCGGCAAGUUCGACUUCAACUCCAUUCAGAAUUUGCAGUACAUGGAUAUGGUUGUGUCCGAACUGCUGCGCCUGUGGCCUCCUGGGGCCGCACUGGAUAGGAUCUGCACUAAGGACUACAAUUUGGGAAAACCUAACGACAAGGCCAAACAUGAUUUCAUUGUCCGGAAAGGCACAGGCAUCAGCAUACCAGCGUUUGCCUUCCACCGCGACCCCCAGUUCUUCCCGAACCCUGAAAAGUUUGACCCUGAACGGUUCUCCGAGGAGAACAAGCACAACAUCCAGAGUUUUGCCUACAUGCCCUUCGGUAUUGGACCCAGGAAUUGUAUAGGAUCAAGAUUUGCUCUCUGCGAGAUGAAGGUGAUGGCAUACCAGAUUCUGCAGCAUAUGGAGGUAUCUCCCUGUGAGAGGACUUGCAUACCAGCCAAGCUUGAUACCGAGACCUUCAACAUGCGACUGAAAGGAGGCCACUGGCUUAGAUUCAGACCUAGGCAGUAGAGGACACGACUGAUCGGACUAUACGAAUCACUCCCCACAGUGAUUUGGGUUCAAAAUUAAAGUGAGAUUUUGUUGUUAAAAAGGAUUAUAGCUUUAAUAUUGUUGUUGAAUUUGAUAUUAUUAUUUACAUUUAACUUUAACGAUAACCGAACUAUUUUCGACAAACUAUUUUCGCUGAUUUAACCUAUGGGCGGCACGUUUAUGGUUGGUUAUCGUUAAAUAGUGUAACUGGGUCUUAAAUUAAUUAUUUUUAGUAAGAUAUGUACAGCGUUUCUCCGCUCAAACAAUAGUGGCGAUAUUUAAUUAUCCAAACCGAUUGUACUGUUUCAUAUCCUAGCUGAGUUUUCCUCUAUUUUACUCUACAGGAAAUUAAGCUUGGUACAUUCAAUUCAGCCUAAUGUGUGUAUGUGAUAUAGAAUAAAUCUAAAGGUUCAUUUACAA